GUAACACGCGUGAAUGUUUUUUUUUUCUACUUUCUAGUUAUUUAUUGAAUGUGACUUAUUCAAAGCUUUUAGUUUUAGAUUAUAAUUUAAAAUAUCUUUGGACUUAUUUUAUUGGCCCCCAUAGAUUAUGGCUUUGAUGCGUCCCGGGUCAAAUUAAUGAAAUGAGUAAUUCAUAAUUUGGUUAUGGCGAUAGAGAUUACAGAUUAUUUAUUAUGUAAUUAGUAUAUAGUAAUAAAACUUAGUGAAUAAUCUUUUGGAUAAAGUUUAUAGCAUAGUGAGCUAGUGAAUAAAUAGGAAAUACUCUUAGGAUCAGUACUAUGCACGUUACUCGUUCGGAAGUGCUUGUAUUGUACAAGAAAUUAAUGCUAUAUUCAAGGUCGCUUUCUUUGACCGAUAAUAACUAUUUCAGAAAUAGAAUUGCCUCUGAAUUUCGACGUAACAAAACGCUAUGUAAACCUGAGGAUAUUACUUUUGCAUUUAAGAAGGGUGAAGCAUUGCUCCAGAGAGGAUCUGUAGUGUAGUAACAUGUUUACUUUGAGACGUGUUGCUAACCUCUACAAACUUUGCACUGUUGAUAUACUAUUUAAGUCUGCAAAGUUAAAGCAUACAAUUGAUUAUUCCCGGUUGCCCAAAAUAAAUGAAUCAGAUUUGACAGAGCAAUUUGUCAGAGGAGGAGGUCCAGGAGGCUCUGCUGUAAAUAAAAAUGCUAAUUGUGUUGUUCUAACACAUAAUCCAACAGGUACAGUUAUUAAAUGUCACAUAAGUAGAUGUCAAGAUGAGAACAGAAAGUUAGCUAGGGAAAUGUUGGUUGCUAAAUUAGAUGAAGUUUUAAAUGGCGAAGCUAGUGUAACUGCUCAAAAGAAGCGACAAAAAGAAGACAAAAUAAAAAAACUUGAAUACAAGAAAAAGAAAAUGGCAAAAUUGAAAGAAGAAUGGAAGAAGCGGGAGGGAUUAGUUUAGUUAAAUAAAAUUCAUAUAAGUCUUAAGCUUGUAUUAAAUAUUUUGAUUAAAUAAUUAGUUGGUUUUU